CGCCUGUUAUUCACGCAGAUUAUGAAGCAGCGGAGCUCAGCAUCAUCUCUGGCAUUCUCAUCUGGAUGUAUACAUGGCAUCACUGUGGAUCCCAAUGUUUCUUGCCUUGUUUUCUUUUAUUUUCCUGCAGAUAUCUUCGUCUUAUGAACAGCUGUCUGCCUUUGUGGAAGGGAGCUCAGAUGAGCCUCCAUCUCAAGACAUCAAAGAAAAUGGCGUCGGCGGUGAUGCUUUGGCGUUUGAAGUUCGUCUCAGACGAGCUCAGCAGCCGUAUGGACGGCACCCGCACGCUCCAUCACGCAGGAGAUUGCUUCAGAUUCCAGGAGCGAUGCCGUACUCUCCUCUGAGUGUGGCGCACAACGGAAAAACCUGCAUCCUCUUCAGAGCCCGCAAACUGGCCAUCAGGUACAGGAAUCACAGUUUAGUGGACCUCACGGACAGAACCUUCGGCCCCGAUACAACAGUGGACACCAAAGGGUCUUUCUGCAGUAAAGAUAAAGCCAUACUCAAUCUACGUUAUGGUGAUGUAGAAGACCUCAGAGGCCUCUCCAUCAGGCUACAAAUGUCAAACACGUUCUACGAGUCGGCCGGGCAGAACUGGUUCACUCUCGAUAACGUUUACAUCCACUACAACUGGACAUACGAGGCCAUGUUUAACGCCACAGAUGUGUACGCGCCUUCCAUCAACUCCUACCACUGCCAGCAUGUUAGCAGUCUCCAGAAAUACGACACGCUGCUGGUGCCCAGCGCCGGCACGGACCACGCCGCAAACUGGCACAUAACGUUCACAGACUUCCAGAUUCAAGCGUUCAACCUUCAUUCCAGUAAGUUUGCGUCGGCCAGCGACUGCGCCACGUUCUUCACCCCAGCGAUCCUCAUGGGUCUGAUCACGUCUCUGAUCCUGCUGCUGGUGUUGGCGUACGCUCUGCACAUGGUGGUCCAUCUGAAGCACAUCGACCGGUACGAGGAGCACAAGACCACCGUCUACUUCCCUCGCAGCACAGAAGCUGAGUGCACAGAGAAGAACAGCUCCUAGAGUCC